GCUACAUCUCCAAAAACUACGACUUUGGUACUGCCGACGUUCAUCUCCGUCCAGUUUGGUACACCGACCUUACUACCAUCGCGCACAAACUACGCAUCCGCAAAGCCCGGGACCAGAAGAUGCGACAAGCCAUACUCGUCAAUAAUACGCUCGUCCACCGUUUGAUGCCCCCCUCGAUGCGUGUAGGAUCUGUAUACCUGGUCCGCGUCCGCAUCGAGAUGCUGAAUAUGGGCGCUGAAUAUGUCUGGCUUGACGUUCUUUGCUUGAGGCAGAGAGGUGGGAAGAAGGAGGAUCCGUGCGCAAAAGAGUGGAAGGUGGAUGUGGCCCACUAUCGGAGCGCGGGCUCGGACGGCCACGGCCCUUUGAACUUGAAGGAGAGCGACUUUGACAGUGAUCGGUGUUGGGUCAAUGGAGCGUGGACGCUGCAGGAGACCAGCGAGAAGACAAUAAUUGGCAGGGACACAGGUGAUGACAGAGCUAUAGAAGACGACAUACAAAGGAGGCUUCGUGAGGAACUGUCACUGCUCCGGAAGUUGCAAGGUGCCGAAAAUGUGUUUCAUGCGCUGUUGGGUUUGGCCUACCUUCUGGGAUCGGUGUCUAUACCGGCGUACUACGAGAAACAAUCUGAGGAGGAUGCCUGGACACGACCGUCAUGGAAGCAGAUUCUGACCGAGAAGCUUCCGUCGCAGGCGAUGGGUCCGCAUAACAUUGUCACUGGCUGGGAAGGCGACCCCGAUAUCGACCUAUGCAGAGGGUAUUGCAUUGAAUCGGCCUUUGUACGAGGAUUUGCCGGCAACCUCGAUGUCACAAACACGGAUGGGACGGAUCAUUCGUUUACAGUGGUGGGCAACAAUGGUGAAUGGAGCACUGAAAACAAGAUAAAGUACUGGCUAGUUGGACAACGGCGUCCCGGGUAUAACCGGAGGUUCGAGAAACUAUCGGUCUUCAUGUUGUCCGACAAGGAAGACAUAUACAGAGUUUGGAGAAUCAAAAUAUUAUGA